AUGGGAGUGGGUCUGAAGGAGUGGCUGAGUCAGGGUGAGACAGCGAGUUGGGUGAGCGUAGACCUCAGAAGCAUAACUAGGUGGACGAUGAGCCACGUCGUACUAACAUUCCCAGCUUGUUGGUCCCACCGCAUCGUACAGGAUCAAGCUCCUAGAUCACCCAAUAGCACCUCGCCACACAACUGCAUUCAGAUGCAGAUUGCAAAGGGAGAAGCUGACACAUCAAAAGAUGUGAAGUGCAUGAUGGUUUUCACGGGGUAUCCGGGAAUUGUUUCUACAUCUCUUGAUAUCAACUGCGUGCAGUGCUUGUUUGCACGGAAUGUAAUAAAUUUAAGACAACGCACUUACAUUAAGUAG